AUGGCAGUGGGGUUCCGUCGGACGCUCACCACGCUGGCGUCGCCCAAGUCGGUGGCGCCGUCGUUCCUGCUCGACUGCGCGCGGCCCAAGAAGCUGUCUUACGCGCGGGUGCGGUCGACCAGCCUCCCCGUGCGGCUCCACCCGCUGGCCGCCGCGCUGCACGACUCGGCGCGUGCGCUGCUGGCGUGGGCCGAGGCGCCCGCGCAGACGGGGACCGCGUGGGUCGCCGACGGCGCCGGGCGCGCCGGGCGCGUGCUGGCGGGGCUCGCGGACCUGCUCCACCACCCGCAGGCGCGGGAAGCGCUCCGGCGGCCCUGGGCGGAGCAGCUGCUGGACGACCUUCUCCUCCUCGCGGACCUCCACGGGUGCUUCCGGGAGUCGCUCGUGGCCCUCAAGCAGCUCCUCGCCGAGACGCAAGCCGCGCUGCGACGCCGCGACGGGUCCCGCCUCGCCGCCGCGCUCCGCGCUCAGCGGCGGUCGGCGCGGGAGGUGUCCCGCCUCGCAUCCUCCGCGCGGGACCUCUCCCACCGCGCGGCCCCCGACGACGAGUCCGACGAGGCCACGCUCGCCGACGCCUUCGCGGCCGCCACCGCCGCCGUGGCGGCAGCAUCCGCCGCGGUCUUCUCCGGCGUGUCGACCGCCUCCGCCGAGUCGGCCGCGAGCGCCGCCCCGUCCCCGAGGACCCCGACGCCGUACUCUCCCGCUCGAGCCCCGGCCAGCCCGAUGUGGUUGGUGACCGACCUCCUCCGCCGGCGGAGGACCGUGUCGUUCGAGGACCACUGCAACGAGGACGAGGAGGAGCGGAAGGCGGCCAUGGCCAGGGUGCGCGGGCUCGAGGAGUGCGUCGACGCCGCAGAGAGCGGCUGCCAGGAGGUGUACCGCGCGCUCGUGAACGCCAGAGUCUCCCUGCUCAACCUGCUGACGCCCACAUUUUGA